UAAAAUUAGAAAGAAGCGGAUUUGUCAGUUUUGCGGCGGAAAGCGAGUCCCGGCGCCGGCCGGUAACGCCACCACGCUAAACACAGGCCGAAGAGAACCACAUUUUACAUAAUCCAUGCGCCCAGGCGCCCCAGCGCAUUGGUACCUAUCGAUAAAGCUUAGAGCUCUUGGCGCCCCUCGAUAGGUACACUACGCUGUCUAAGCUCCGGUUAUUGCAAACGCUAUCAUCUCACUCAGCAUGAGGAACUGAUGUUCUCACGAUAGAGUGGAAACAGCAUCAAUCGAUGUUAUCUUGAUUGGUAUUUCCUCGUAGACAUGGCCUCAGGUUCAGGUUCAGGUUCAGAAAAAGUUCCAGUAUUACUCCUCAAAACUGCAUCAACACCAACGGAUGCAUACCAAGACAUCUUCUCUACCCCGCGGGACAGCUUCAAUUAUGAACCCACUUUCGUGCCCGUGCUACAGCAUAGAUUCGAAGAUGAUGGGAUGCAGCAAUUCGGAAAGCUACUGCGAGAGAGACGGAUAAGUAAAGGCUUGGAUAGUGCUUAUGGUGGCCUCAUCUUCACAUCGCAGAGAGCUGUGGAGGCGUUCGCAAGAUUGGUCGACGAAGGCAAAGGUGAUGAUAAUUGGCCUCACCUCCAAGACAUACCAGUCUAUAGCGUCGGUCCUGCUACAACUCGGGCGCUCAAAGCUAUCUCGCAGACCCCUCCGCUUCGGAUCUUUGGAGAGCACACGGGAAACGGCGAUGCGCUCGCGCAAUUCAUUCUCGAUCACUACGGCGACUGGUAUAAAGACCGGCCGACUAAACCUCCACUACUAUUCUUAGUUGGUGAGCAGAGACGAGACAUCAUACCAAAGACGUUGACGGACGAGAAUCUACCGGACAAUCGGCGAAUCGCAGUAACGGAAAUCGUGGUGUAUGGUACCGGUGUGAUGGAGUCGUUCCCCAAAGACUUCGCGGGUGUGUUACAGAAGACGGCAACCUGUCAGUCAAGAUGGGUAGUGGUCUUCUCACCAACAGGCUGCGAUAGCAUGCUCAAGGGAUUGGGCAUGUUAGACGGCGAGACAGGCAAAGUUGCCAAGGAGACCCAUGGAAACCCGGCGACAUAUAUCGCGACGAUUGGGCCGACAACGCGGAAUUAUCUAAAGCGGACGUUCGAUUACGAACCGAACGUAUGUUCUGAGAAGCCGAGUCCCGAAGGAGUAUGGCAGGGUAUCACCGAAUUUAUGAAAGGGCUAACAUAGUCGGUUCAACGCUCUUUCUAUCAUUUAUUUUCAGAUGUAUUUUAUGUGUCUUAUCUUUUAUAUAUACGGAGAUGGAUGUGUAGGACUCGAAUCAAGACCAUCCUACCUUGACCAUGAGUUACGAUGACAUACAUGGCGACAUCCCUGACCUGUAAUAGUGUACCUAGAUCCUGUGCAUCCACGUAAGUCCGGGAGCACCCGUCUUACUGAUUCGGAUUGUUGUACAAUUAAAGUGAAGAAUAAUACAGACUUUC